UCUGCCACAUCCUCUCAUGCGCUUAUCUUCCUUUUCAACCCUGUGACAUGUUAUUUUCUUUUAAGCCAACGGUUUGAAAUUGAGUACAGCCAGACCUUUUGCAUUGAUAGAAAUCACAAGCGUCUCUAUUCAGAUUGAGUGCAGCCCUCUACUUCUGAUAUAUCGCUGUUUUGACAGUUUGUGGAGUUGACAUCAGCUAAGGAACUCAAUUCAGCAGGAGUCACACAAUUCUGUUGAGUCGCUCCCAGAGUGCUGAAGGCCAGUUGAAGUGAAUAUAUCACUUUGAAGAGGAGUGAUGGAGGCGGACAUCUUUGAAUACCAGAAAGAAGAAGACACUGUGGAUCUUGAGUCUUUUCAGGGGGAGAAGAGGAAACUCAUUCAGCCAACAUCUUUACAAGACCCCACACUUAAAAAGCUAAAGGAGACAUUGGUUGACUGGAUCAAUAAGACUUUGAAACCGGAGCACAUAGUAGUUCAGAGUCUGGAGGAGGAUCUGUAUGAUGGACUGGUACUUCAUCACCUGCUGUCCAGGUUGGCCGAUGUGCAUUUGCCUGUGGAAGAGAUGGCGCUGACCAGCACAGCUCAGAUCCGCAAGCUGGAAAUGAUCAUGGAGGAGCUGGAAAAGAGACUGGGCAGGCAGGAUAGCAGUCAGAUAAAAUGGAACGUCACACUCAUCCACAGAAAAGACCUUCUGGCCACUCUUCAUCUGCUGGUUGCCAUGGUGAGAUGUUUCCAGCCUGAAUUGGAUUUGCCACCUAAUGUGAAGAUUGAAGUUGUAGAAGUAGAAGUCAGCAAAAGUGGAAUCAAAUCAGACGUGAAAGUGGAAAUCCUAACAGCGGAAAGCAGCGACACAGACUCCCUCAGCAGUACUGAGCGGGAAGAUCCCAUCGAGCAACUGCUGAAGCUUGAGGCUCACAAGGUCAACACAGUGAAAAAGGCCCUCUUACAUUUUGUCAACCAGCACACGGCAGCUCUGGGUCUGCAGGUGGCAGAUAUGGACAAACAGUUUGCUGAUGGUGUGAUUCUGCUGCUGCUCAUCGGACAGCUGGAAGGUUUCUUCAUCCCACUCUUUGACUUCAACCUGACCCCUGUCAGUGACUCUGAGAUGCUUCAUAAUGUGACCCUGGCUUUGGACCUGCUGAAGGAUACAGGCUUUCAGCUCUCCAGUGUUGACCCACAAGAUAUCGUCUCUCAGGACAUCACUGCAACCUUGAAGGUCCUCUACGCCCUGUUCAACAAGCACAAAGGGAAAUGAGAGAGGACAUCAUGAGAAGAGGAGUGACACAACUGCAAAUACAGAAACAACUGAGUCGAGUGUUUAGCCGAUUACUGCAAGGUGAUUUGGUGUUUUUGGAGAAAUUUGGCUGAUGCUGUUAUUCAGGCCGAAUUAAAGGAUUAUACUGGUUUUAUAUAAAGUUGGUGCCAUCAUUCCUUCUUAUCUUCUUAUCUUUAUCUUCUGCAAUGUGAUGUAUAGGCUGUGGUUAAUAUAUGUGCAUAGCUAUAGCUGCAAAAGAGUUUUAAUAAAAGUUAUUCAAAUAUAUGAUUGGAUGACUCAAAGGCGAAAGCUCCACAAGGAUCGUGGAUAAUUUUACUUACUUUGAGUUAAAUAACUUGGUGAGACAGGAUUACAGCCUGGAACAAAGUCACUGUGUCUUUAAGAAAAAAAAUCUACAAGAAAGAGCUAUAUGUUUUAGCUCAAUAAAGUUUAAAGGGCAGUACCAAAAAUUUGAGGAACUAGAGGGUUGCUGGUUCGAGCCCCUGUCCCUGCGCUGUCCCUGCACUGUCCCUGCGCCGCGGCAAGACACUCAAACCACAUUGCCUAACGGUAGCCCCCGUCUCUGGCUGCAUGACCGCAGGUGCUCGUCUCUGGAUCUAGAACGAUCAUUUCGUUGUGUGCCUUGUGCACAGGCUGCCUUGCUACCAGCUACCAGCCGCCUUGUUUCCACUGUUUUCCUGUGCAAACAUGUAUUAAAACAAAGUGUGCAACUCAAAAUAAAAGUUUAGAUGAUUUGACUAAUCUGUUGGUUUCUCUGAAAGUACCUCAUUGGUUACAGUGUCUUUAUAGCUUACAGCCUUGACUGUUAUAUCUUGACCCAGACCCAGUUUAUAGUACCGUAAUGUAGAGUUAUUACCAUUUUUUAAAAAGACAAAACAUCAAAAACUUCACCCUUAUGUGUUUACAUGUCUGCACAUCACAUUUAAACAUAUCAACGCUGUCAUCUGCCCACGUCUUAUUGACAGCACAAGGAUCAAUAAAUUGACUGCAUAAAUAUAUUUGCUUAGAUAUAUAUUAUUUCACAUUUUUGAGUCUAUCCUUAGUGUAUCCUGGCCAUAGGUGCUCGCUGAAAAUUCAGUGCUCUUCAUCCAUCUCUUUCUCUUCUUUCAUUACGCUUCCUUUCAGACCAACAGUGUUAGAAAAUGACAUUUUCAUU